AUAACGACUGCGCAUUAUUGUGUCGUGUGCAAGAAGCCGGUGUAACGAGAAAUAUUCCAAUUAUUUAACAAGUGUAAAGUACAUUUUUACGUUUAAUUUGCAAUUGGUGACUCAGCAUAAUCAUCAAUUUCUUGCUGUUGCAUUGAAUACGUAGGCGACAGUCGUAACAAGUUUCCUACAAUAUAUCAGUUUGGAUUAAAUAGAAUUUUUUUAAAAAAUGGCGAUUAAAGCAGUUUGUGUUCUACAAGGAGAGGUCAAAGGAACCGUAUUUUUUGAAGAAUCUGGAGAUUCUGUCAAGGUCACCGGUGAAGUUACCGGAUUAAAAAAAGGAUUACACGGUUUUCACAUCCACGAAUUUGGUGAUAAUACCAAUGGUUGCACAAGUGCUGGACCACAUUUCAAUCCAUCUGGAAUGGAUCAUGGUGGACCAACUGAUUCUGUUCGUCACGUAGGUGACUUAGGAAACGUAGAAGCAAGCGGCGAUGGUGUUGCAAAAGUCAACAUAACCGAUAAACAAAUUCAACUCAAGGGGAAUAACAACAUAAUUGGAAGAACACUUGUUGUUCACGGUGACCCUGAUGACUUGGGCAAAGGUGGACACGAAUUAUCAAAAACCACUGGCAACGCUGGUGCACGUUUGGCAUGUGGUGUUAUCGGUAUCACCAAAAACUGACUUAAAAUUGAUACAAAUUCAAAGCUUUAAAUAUCAACAAAUUACUAUAUAACUUCUAUAAAAUGUAAACUAUAUCAGAAGUCUAGUUCUAAAGCAGUGGUUGUAAAAAAAUAAAUCAUUCCUUCUUAUUGAUUAUAA